GGCAAAGUAGAAGUUGAAGGGAAGUCUCCAUGGAAACCAACCUCCCAGGAAGUGGCCAGAGAAGUUAGUGUCAGGGGUACAGAACAGGGAGGAUGUCAUGAAGGAAACACCUGCUUUGGAACAUGGGCCUGGGCCACUCCAAGACUCACCCUCAGGUGAUCAAAGUCACACCUUUACAAAGCCAAGAAGCGAAGACACCCUCAACUUGCCCCGUGUUCUUUGCAUUGAAUCGGAACCUGGAAGAAAAAAGUUCAUACUCAUUCACGAGACUGCAGGAGCAAAAUCGAACUCUGGAACAGCUACCACCUCUUAGAGAAACCUGGUAUGGAAGACUCCCUGCAGUAUCCAGGGCCGUGUAUCUAGACAUCCCACUGAAACAUGAAGAAACGAGUAUUAUCAAAAGGCAUCCACCCCGAAGAAUUCAAAAGCUUGAACCCAUUGACCUGCCACAAGCAAUUACCUCUGAAAGGCUUCUGUGCCAGCAAAAAGCCAGUACAAAGCCCAGUCCAAAGCAGGAAAAUGAGAAAAUUCAACUUCCCCUGUACACUUCUGGGAAAAGACAGUAUUUACAUAAGAUGAAAAUGCUGGAGAUAAACCAUAAAAGACAAGAGGCCCAGAUGGAGUUGAGGAGGAGUCUUCUGAGUAAAGCGAUGCGUGAUAUGCAAAAGCUGAAGGAUCACGAUGGCAAUAAAAUCACCCAGAGCAAGGCAAGGAGCAACGGCUAUGAGGUUCUCAUCAUACCGCCUGAUGAAAACAUAUACAGAGACCCAGACCUAGAAAAUGCCCAGGAUGAAGAAUUCUUGGACUAUCUCACAGAGGAUGACUAUUUUGUCCGGAACACUGGCAAAGUGGAAACAUGGCUCCGAGCACAAGAAGCCCAGGGGCGGUUUUUCUGGAACAGUUCCAGCUCUGACUCUGGUGAGCUCGAGAAAGAGGAGAGGAGACCACAAGCACUGGAGGACGGGCAAAUGGCCUGAUAGCCAGACUGUGAGCACAGGGGAGGCUCAAACGCUGAGGGCAGCACAGAGCGGAGACCAAUCCUAUUGUCAUCAUUGGGUCUGGAAGCAGCAGCUGGGCAAGCACUGCACACACACACACACACACACACACACACACACACACACACACGUCAGACAGCCCUGUCCCAGACAUAGUGGUCACAAUUGGGAACAGCUAUGCUGGAUGCUGGCCCCAGGUUAGAAUCACCUGUUGCAUGAUCAUAAAGCCAACAGCCAUCAA